UACCCAUUCGCCCAAAUACCUACACUGGGGUUGGGGGAAAAAAUGGAGCAAUCCGCGUAACUAGCUAGAAGGAGCUUCUCUCGCUUGUCUCUUCUUUCAUCAACGUAAAAGUCUUUUUGCUCGUUUUUUUUUAUUUUUGUAGUUCAGCCGACGUUAUUCUCAAUCGAGAUGUGUUAAAUGUAGUCUACAGGAAAUGUCAAAAAGCCGUGUUAGUAAGAUGGAAAAUCUUUGGUCGUCUGCCUGAUAACAAAACAUUAUCUCAUAUUGAAAGCUCCGUAGUUGGGCACAGCUUCUGACUAGACAGUUUUUGUUUUGUGUCGAAAGGUGUAUGGAAGAAACGUUUUCUAGUUAUUAACUGUUUGUGAAAAAACAUAAAUAAAAAAUAAAUUUUAUCAGAAUGGAUGAAGAUAUGCGUAUCUUUAUUACCGAGUGGCUGAAAGAUGGACAAAAUGAUGUGUGGAACAAAUCUUUAUCAUCAAAUUCUGACAUGAUUGAGGCAAUUUUCAGCCUUAUUGAAGAGUGGAAAAGCAAUAAAGAACUAUUCAACAUUUUAUGUAUACGUCUCUUUGGGUACUACCGGGAAAGCAAUAUGGAAUCGAAAGUGUUUUCAUUACAGUUUGUUCCAAGUCUCAUUUAUUCCUAUUUGAGCACCAUUGCACAAGGAGAAAGAAAAGAUGCUGGGAGCAUGCAAACAUUCUUGUUAGCAAUAUACAAUUUGGAAGCUGGAGGGGAAGCCCAGAAUCCAAAAACUCAUUCUUUCAGAAUACCAAAUAUUGCACAGCCUUCCAUAUACCAUGAUACAUCAGCCAUAGCCUCAUCUUCACUAACAGAAUCUGCUUUGAAGAGGCUUGAUCCAACCAACCGAAUUACUGUCAAAUUUGGUCCUCAUCCACACUUAAACAGCUUCAAUGCUGAAAACCGCCUUCCUGCUAUGGCAGCCUUACUCCGUAUUUAUUCCAACUAUCUCUCUUUGUAUUCCAAGAGCACUUUAUCCGAAACUUGCAUGGCCUUUCGUCGGUUGGUAGCUCAAGGCUACACUCGUAAUUCUGAAGGCUCUCCGCGAAUCCCGCUGUCUUCGAACUUGUUGGUUGAAAUGCUCCAUCUAAUUUACUCACUGACUCCAUUACCCAUUACCAACGACACAUAUAUUCGGUUGCAUUCUCCUUCUCCAACACCGCUCGCUAGCAUGGAGGAUGAGGAUCUUGCGAACGCAGCCAGGCAAACCCUCGAGGCUGUGCAACGUCGUGUUGAAAUGGAACUAAUGGCUGCACCAAUAUUGGUUAGUGCAGCUAUGGCUGAUUCGUCGCAUCUUAGUAUAAAAGGCGAGCAUAGCUCGCCACAGCUGAUGAGUAGCGGUGCAAACGGUGGUUCUGCGCGAGCCAUGUGGAAGUCCAUGAUAACUAAUGCAUCAUUCCGAACCAAGAAACUGCCAGACGAUAUUACAAUCGCGCAAGUAGCGGAGGCGGCUGCGGCUGCAGCCGCUGCAGCAGCUGCUAACACAGCAUCAUCAGCAUUGCCUCUAAACCCAUCGUCCAUACCGGUUCACCUAGUUUCAAUUACGGAAGAAAAUGACGAACCGAGUGGUGGAGGCGGUGGCAAAAGCAGUUUCCGUUUAUCGGAAUUGGUCAAAAAGAAGAGCAAACCAAAGCCUGCAAGGAAUAAACCCAAUAAUAACGGCGUUGUCAUCUUAGAUGGUUCGAGCCACCAUCCCCAUUUGACUGAAAGCAACGGUAUUAUUUCCAACCCAUCAGAUCGGAACAGCGAUUGUGAAACGAAAGAAGAAGCUGAGUUGCGUCGGCGCAGCAGUGAAUUUAACGGAACCCAGGUCUAAAUACCUCGAGCUUACUGCUAGUGUGGGGAGGGGAACAGUCAAACUGACGUGAGACAAGAACUUUCAUUCCACACAGUGACCAUCUGCACGAGGGUGGACGCUGAAAAAGUUCAAGGACCAGCCACCAAAUCAAGAUUUAUCUGCUUUUGCUUUCUUCCUAUUUCUCCUCCAUUUCCUCCCAAUUUCUUGUUGUUCUUUGGCCUUUUUCCAUGACGCCUGGCGUCUUCUGUGUUCCAGUUACAGAUGUGUGCGUGCAAUUAGCCCGUCUUCAUCUCAGAUUUACCUCAGUAGCUUGUAAGCCAGCGCGUAGAAGAUCAAAGAGCGUUCAGCGUUUGUCCAGGGAAAUGCCGCAUGAUUCAUGAAAAGCUUCAAGCCAUUUUCCUAGGGCAGGGAGUGUGACGCAAGAAAUUUUUUGCAUCUGGUCUAGCAGCGUUGUAGAUUGGAGGUGUGUUAGUUCUAUUAACAAUUCCCUUUAAUAUUCGUGGAAGAUAGCACACCAAGAAAUUUUCCUGCAGAAAUCGAAAUUUCCAUCAAUAAUUUCUGAAAAAAAAAAAAAAAAAAAAAAAAAUUAGGGUACUUUUUCCAUUUCGUGUUUAAGGGGCAUCUUUUUAAGUAAAACCAAUUGGCUAUCCUUGGCUUUUCACUUUUCUGCCAUUUCCCUCUUGUUAUCGUUAUCUUUUUCUUUAUAGCUCUUCAAAUCAUAGUAGAAUAUGGAUGUUAUUUAUCGCACUCACGUGUUAUUUUAAAAAUAAUCUCCUACGAUGGAUGCAAGGAAGUACAGCCAACCCUCCCUUUUUAAAGUAACUGUUUGUACCUGCAGAUGUGUGCAAAAUAGAUUACUGUACAGAGCAA